GGUGUUUCCUAUAGUGAAGUGCAAAAAGUGAGAUAACGAAAAAAAUACCGUUUCGAAUAAAAAGGAUAUUCCAGAUAUUUCCAUUUUAGAAGCUAGUGUCUGGUGCUUAUCUUUUCGAGUCUGGCGUAUUCUAACAGUGUUGUCUGUGAUUGCUUUGCUCUGAGAAUUUUGCGGACCUCUCACAACUCUAUACAAAAUACCAUGAAUAGCACCAGUGACCAGUGAACAAUCUCUUUAUUGAAAAGAAACAUCCUUUGCGGCGGCGGCGCGUACGCAACAUGUUCCUGCUUGCUGUACGAUGGCUAAAGAAAAUCAGGAAUGGAGGAUUGGCCAACCAGUUCCUUAUGGCGCUUAUGGUGACGAUCCCUGUUCUCAACUUCGGUAUGGUAAUGGGCUGGCAGUCCCCCAUGACACCAAUCCUUCAAGAUCCCCAAGGACCGGCUCCUGAGUCAAUCACCGAUAACCACAUAUCUUGGAUGGCUUCCGUUACUUUCAUUCCUGCGAUCUUCUGUGGCUUUAUUGUUGGCGAUCUGGCUGACCGAUGGGGAAGGAAAGUCGUCACUUUGCUGACUUCGCUUAUGCUGUCUAUCAGCUGGAUUAUCAUACUCUUCUGUCUCCAACCCUGGGCAUUGAUUGCUUCCAGAGCGGUCGCAGGCCUGGCCUGUGCCGGUUGCUACGUGGUCACGCCAUUGUACUUGAAGGAGAUAGCAUCAGAUCACAUCCGCGGUGCCCUAGGCUCCCUCUUCAUCCUCUCUCAGAACGUCGGCUACCUCGUGGUCUAUAUCGCUGGUGACUUUCUUUCUUUCGCGGCAGUCAUGUGGUUGUGCACAGCGAUACCAGUGCUGCACAUACUAGCUUUUCUUCCGAUGCCCGAAACGCCCGUCUUUCUUGUGAAGCAGGGAAAAUUAAAGGAGGCGAGAGCAGGUCUAGCAUGGCUACGUGGCACUACCGUCGAAGAUAAAGACCUGGAGGAAGCUGUACAACAGCUGGAGCGUGAGGAGGAGUACGCAAAGUCCAUGAAAAAAGCAACCUGGAAAAGCAUUGUACAAGACAAAACAACCUUCCAGGCGUUCCGUAUCGCGUUAAACGUGAUGCUUUCGCAAGAAACUUGCGGGUACCUUGUCGUCCUCAUGUACGCCGGUUCUAUCUUCGACCAGGCAACGAAUAACAUUGGACUAAAACUCAGCCCCAACAAGCAAACCAUUAUUGUAGGUGUCAUACAGCUGCUUGGUUCUGUAGUUGCCAGUUGCAUUGUUGAGAAAACUGGACGGAAGUGGCUCCUAGCCGGUACGGCCUUUGCAACAGGGCUGUCAAUGUUAGCGCUCGGAGGAUGGUUCUACAUCACAUCCCUGAACGUAUGGUUACCAGGCUGGCUGCCAGUCCUCGCCAUGUGCCUUUGCAUUUUCGCCGCCGCCGCUGGCUACCAGCCUGUCCCUUACGUUAUCACUUCGGAGUUAUUCUCAUUCCAACACCGCGGCAUGGUAACUUCCUUCGUCAGCAGUGUGGACGCUCUAAGUGACUUCCUUCAAACGAAAGCCUACGAUCCCCUUCUGAAGUUGCUCGGCAUCCACUGGGUCUUCAUCUUGUUUUCAAUAGUUUGCUUCAGUGGCACUUUCUACACAAUCAUGUGGGUGCCAGAAACAAAAGAUAGAACUGUGGAAGAAAUCUACGCCCUUCUAGAAGAUGGGAGACAGAAAGAGAAAAGAAAAGAUGUAGAAAGUGGGAAACGACAAGUUAAAGUUGGAAAAAAGAAUGAUAAGGAAGGAAAGGAGAAUGACGAAGAGGUUAGCAGAUUGUGAUCUUGUCUAGAUCUGUUACGUUGUACUUAUUUAUGUGAUAGACUGCAAAUGUUGCAAUGUUACGUUGGAUUUAUUGGACUUUUGUACUCUUUUGGAUUAUUUUAGGUCAACUCGAACCAUACAUAGAUGACAAGACGACUGAGUCAGAACUAUGAAUCUCGU